UCGGUCAGUGACCCAUUUACCGGGAAAGUCCCCCAUUUUAUCGAUUUCUCUAGUUGGAUACGGAUUGUCAUGCGUGCACAUGUGUGUGAUUUUGACCUGCGAUUGGAAACGAAACAAAAAUCAAUGGUUUAGAUUUCACUGCAUUACUACAGAAGGCCUUUUUUCACUGCAAUUUCGGCCCGGCGUCUGCUGAAGGAGUUAUUUUUAUCCGAGGUCACGAAAGAUAUAUGGGUUUUUACCCCGUGCAUAGGUCUUCAGUUUAGAGCAAUAUGUGCAACGAAUCAUUUAGUAUUAGUUGUACACUUUGCAAAUAAUAUGAGCUAUAUGUAACAGGCUGCUUUCAACAACGUCUGCAUAUUUGACACUUGUCAUAAUUGUACACACUGGCUAUUGCAUAUGUGUACUGAAGUUUUGCCUAGUAGGCCAGUGUCUUUUUGCUAUUGAUGCAAAAUGUUCAGUUUUCACAAACCCAAAAUCUACCGGAGCAUCAAUGGAUGUUGUAUAUGUAGAGCAAAGUCCUCUAGCUCGCGGUUCACUGACAGUAAGAGGUACGAAUGUGAAUUUGAAAAGUGCUUCAGGAUAAAUGAAAAAAGGGCUGGAGAAAUUUGCAAUGCUUGUGUUUUGUUGGUUAAACGAUGGAAAAAACUACCAGCCGGGACUAGUCGUCACUGGCAUCAUGUUGUCGAUGCUAGGGCUGGACCCGGAAUCAAAUCAACGCUCAAGAUUAAAAGCAAAAGUCCAACAAACAACAAAUACAAGUCUCCACUGAAAACCAAAAAGUCCUAUGCCAUUCCAAGUCCCCGGGGCUAUUUUGAUGAUUUAUCAGUGAAUGAGGAUAGUUGUGACAAGGAUGUGUUUGGGGCGAGUGAUAGCGACGAUUCAGACAUAGAUGAAAGUUCAGGCCCCAUCGACCGGCCAUCAAAACACAAGCGCAAACAGGCUGAUCCUAGAAUCAGUGCAUUCCUAGAUCUCAGCUACUGGAAAAAAACUCAGGUGUGUUGUGGAAUUAUAUUCAAAGGACUGAAUGGGGAAGUGUUGGUUGACCCCCAGUUGUUACAGCCCUGUCUUAGCUGCCGUAAAGACAGCCAGACACACAGCUCAAAGAUCCACCGCUCUCAGUCCACCGACGAGACAGAGAGCAACUCCAGUAGUAACAGUGGCUACGGAGACGGAGACUCCGAGUUCUUGGACACAAAUUGUGCGGAUACAGACAGUUUACCUGACAGCGGAACUGGUACUACAAUACCUCUAUCCUCCUUUCCAUGUACAGACACAGCCCUCAGUGCAUUUCCCACACCACCACCUCUAGCAAUGGAAUGCUAGUUUGGAAAAGAAAUCAUCUCAAAGUUUCAUUAUGAAAAACAAAACCAUUUCUCAUCACAAAAGAAACUUUAUCCCCACAAUUCCUUUAUUUAUUUGAAUCAAUGUGUUGUGAGCUACCAAACUUGCAAUACCUGAUACAGUGUCAUUAGCAAAGAAUGUGUACUAUGAACAUGUAGCUUGUGAGUGGGCCUACAUGUACAAAGUUCAGUGUAACUAUUUAUAUCUUGCCAAGGUAAGAUUCAAGUGCUAUAAAUAGCAGAUCUGUAUUAACACAGGUGUAUGACUGUAGUACACUCCAGCUGUAAAGUCUAGUCAGGCCUUGGUAGUGAGAGACACCACUGUCUCUGAACCCAAGUUCCAAGAAUACAAAGAUUUUUUUUUCUUAUUCUUUUUCUAAACAAUGUCUUCUCCAUUAUUCUGUAUAAAAAUAUGCAACAGAAAAAGAAACAAAAAUAUUCAGUUGAUCUCUUGAAAAGCUUAUCUUAAAUUUUGUGUUUUUGGAGACCGAGUUUAUCUGAUUUUGUGUUUUGGGAGAUCACUUGUGGAACACUUCAAGGCAGUAAGAAGCACACCUGCUGAAGCUGAAGUGGUAUGUGAGAGAGAGAGAGAGAGAGAGAGAGAGAGAGAGAGAGAGACGUUAUUCACACUGCUGCUGUAUAGCAGCAGCUGAGGACAACACACCAACUACAGAUAAGACUGGUGGCUCUCUGUUGCAGCUCAUCCCAUGGGGAUGAAUUAGUGGUAUAACAUGUGUCCUGUAAUAGGAUUGUAGGGCACUGUACACUACUGAGCAUGAUGAUGGGUGCAUGCUUUCUUUGUGAGUGUGUUUGGAGUGCAGGACUCGACAACAGAGAACCUCGACACUUCCAAGUUCUGGCAUCAAAACUUGAGGCCACUGAAAAAGCUGAUACUUUCCAUUCAGAUGAAAAGCCAUGAGGGUUUGGGUGUUGAGGAAAAGAUAACUUGUUGGCCUUUCAUGAUUUACUGUGUAGGGUUGGUGUAAUAUAGAGGACUCUGCCUGAACACGAGAUUUAUACACAACGAUUGUGUCAAUCUAAAACGGUUUCUGUUUCAAGACUAUCUAAUCUCUCAUAAAUCACAGAUUCACACACAAAAAAAAAUAUUUAGGUAAAUUUUUGUGUCGAUUUCAGCCGUUUUGACUAUCAAACAUGCCCCUGUGUGUUGGCCUUACUGGUAUCCUGUAUGCUUAGCAAUGUAGAAACAUCUCCUACCGAGUCUUCCAAAGCAUUUACAUACUCCAUACAUGUUCACCAACAUUUCCUAAUUCCAACUGCCUAAAAAGCAUGCAGUUGACAUGAACACAAUGCAAAAUGUUUUUUAUUUAUUUACAUACAUAUCUCUUUAUUUUUGGAGAAACUAUGUUAUGGUUCCCAUGCAGACAAAAUACACUCCUAGGAAGAAAUCUGCUCAAAUUGCUCAUUUGGUUUGAGGAGAGGUAUUCCGUUUGUUAAUAUCUGAAAUUGAAAACAAAAAAUAAUUAAUUUUUUAAACAGCAACUUCUCCAAGUCUGUUGUAAAUCAGGGAAAAUUUUGUUCAUAGAGAGAUAUAUUAAAUUUGUUAGUUUGUUAAAAUAAUUAUAGGAUGUUUGUGAGCUGUUUUCAUUCGUUAGUACGCAUGUUCAUAUCCCCACCAAAAUAUUAUUGAAUAUAUUUUUCUGUAUAUCAAUAUUUCCAACUCUACUACAAAGCCUUAUAGAGGUUGAUAGUACUCCUUUUGUGGCUUAAAAGGGACAAAGGAUUGAUUUCAUGUUACAAUAAAAUCAGUUAUUUUGUGGUCUGAUAAAUUGUUUUGAAGUCAAAAAGGGGAUGUUGAAUAUUAAUUAGUGCUUGUAACAAUUCUGCUUGAAUAAUAUAGAUUGCUACCUCAGACAUGUGCAAUAUUCUCGCAUGCGUCGACCAAAGACUUCAAAUUCACACAUUUCUAUGUUGAUAUUCCAUAACAUAUUGUUAUUCUGUAUCGUACAGAAGCCAUUUCAUGCCAUUUUCAGUCAUUUCAAGGAAAACUUGCCAGGUACGAUCAGGAACACUUAACUUGCACCUGUUGUAGCGUCUUCAUUUAAAGUUCUAACAAAAAGGGGUUUGCUCAGUGUUGUGGUGUAAAUUUGUACAUAUUUGAAGUGCUGUAUUCUCUGAUAAACCUAAAAGUGGAUGAUACUUUGAAAAUAAUCUUGAAAUAUAAAGCUGCUGUUUGUACAGAUGGAAGGUUUAGGUCUGAUAACAAAGCCUGCUGUUUAUAGGGUCUCUGUGAGGGUGAGGUGGGGGGAUCAUUUUGGAGUCAAGAAUGGGGACUUUGUACAUAAAUGUGUUGAAGAUUUACUGGUGCCCAACAUGUCUGGUGUGACCUAGUUUUUGGGACCUGAUGAUUUGAAUCAGAUCUGUAGAUAUUCCUGCGUUUUUUCUGAAGCUUAUCAUAUUUCACUAGACUUCAUAAGAAGAGGCAGUAACCUGCCCUGAACCUAGCUGGAAUUACAACUUCUAUCAUUUCAGACAUGACUUAGUCUAAUUGGGGAGUUGUCAUGGACAAUUUGAAACUUGGAUUAGUUUUAGUGGAGGUUUAAAAAAGGAAAAAAUGAUAUUGCAAGGGGAUUGGUGAGGAAAAAGGAGAAUUAAAAUAAGAAACCAAACAAGCUUGGAUUGACAUAGGAUUCUCGAAAACUGAAAGAUUUAAAUGCACCAUGUUAUAUAGAUUUAAAUGUGGUGAUUAUAGGGAGGGUAGGAUUCCAGAACAACCUGUGUAUUGUAGUCUGACCUAGUUCUGCUGUGUUACUAGGCUAUUAUCACAAUGGGUGGAUCUCAAUGUCUCCGAUGGUCUGUGACCAUCACAAUACCCUACCAGCACUGACAAUGUCUUCCCCACUCCCACUGCACAUUCCCAGCUCCUAGACAACUUGUUUCUGGUAUAGAAGUGGUAGCCUAACACAUAUUUUUGGCAAGGAAACUGUACAUCUGUUCAUCUUUUUUCCACUUAAGAUUGUAACCCAUGCUGGAAACUCCAGUCUGAUUACAAUUCUACAAAUAGAAGCUUAAAAGGAAAAAUGGUAACCUCUGUAAAAAAAAUCCAUUUUUCUUUUUUUCUUUCUGCAUCUGACAUGAAGAGUUUAAAAAGGAUGAGUCCCAGGCUUUUUCGUAAUAGUAUUCUUCUUUUUAUGGUCUCUGUAUCAGACUUCCUAGAAUUAAUUGCACGUCUUGUAAAAAGAAAUCUGUACACAUGGUAUAAUUAGGAUAGGGUGCUUAAUGGUUAUGCAAGAAACUUGGUAUAGACAAGUUUAGGGUGCUUAUGAUGGUAAUGCAAGCUUUUGUACUUGUGUGUACCUUAAUGCUUUAUGUCAUUCCCAGUCUCACUUUCAACUUAAAACUUAUUUUUACCAACAACGUUUUAUUUUAUGAUAAAUAUGGCCAGUGUGAAUUCCGUAGCAAUUAAUUUGUAUGUUGUGCUAAAAUUAUGUUUGAUUCAUGGUAAAUUUGUACGUUUUGUGAGGUUCACACUCUAAAGUUUGUUCUCGUAUAUAUUGUAUUAAAACACCAGUUCUAGUUUACAAGCGAAGUGUAUUUAUCACAUGGUGUUACACUGUCAGUUUCAGGUUCACUUGUGCACUAUGAAGCAUUAUAAAUUAUUAGUUAUUUUUUUAUUUUUAUUUAGUUCUGAUAUUCCCCGAAUCACAAACUUGGUUGUAAACCUAUCACCUUGCAUCAAACUUAUUAACCAUAGUAGUAGGAUAAUCUCUCAUGCAGUUACUGCCAAAAUGCUCAUCAUUUUUAUCUGAUUAUAAAAAAAGUAUUGAAAGAGGCUUGAUGAAUUUUUAAUAUUUUUUUUUUUUUUUUUAUACAAUGCAAGUGAUUAUUGAGUGUUUUUGUACUUUUAUAUUGAUUGUGAAUCCGGAUAAAUAUAUCUGAUCAUGAGAAAGGGAAAUGUUGUGUGCUGAACAAGCCAAACCGCUACUAGUAUUUUAUAUAUUAUAGCAAUAGCCUUGAUUACACAUCAGGUUUUUUAAGCAUUUUGCCAUCUACUAGUCGCCCAUUUUUCAUUUGUGACACCUGUAAUAGGCAUAUCAUAUCACGUCAUCGGCAAAAGUUACACGCAAUGAUUGCAACAAUGCGGUGCUGGAUGUUCAAUGUAUUGUUAGUUUUAAAAUUGCAUUUGGGAAGUUAUUUCUUAAUUUCUUUUAUACAGCCGUAAACUAACAUUACUUUUGAUUUGAAGUGCUGCUGUUCAAUGUUGUCCUGUGCUGUUACCGCCUGUCCAAACACCGGUGUGUUUUUUAUUUCUUGAUAAAAACAAAGCACAGAUAUUAUGAAGAUUUUAAUGGGUAUGACCCAAAUAGUCUUUUGAUAUUGGGGAAAACAACAGUGAGCAUAGAAAACCCAAGUAGAUCUAGAAGUUCCUGUGUGUGAUAAUAAAGCUGUUGUGGAUGUUGCAAGGUUUUAACUUUGUUCCCGUGUUGUGGAUCUUAUUCUGAAUGGUACAGCAUGUGCAUCUGAAUCUUAAUUGUUCAAACAUUGUCAUUUAUUUUCAUCAGUCUCUAAAUGUAAAUAUGUGACUGUAAAUGAAAGUUGAUUUGUACUGACUGUAAAUCAAUCAAAUUUCACAAGUUCAGUUUUUGCAGUUGUUUGCUAGUGUUUGAGAUAAAUGUUUUUGAGAUAUUUAACAUGCAGCUGACUCUCCUCACAAUAAACAUGAGAUUCUGUACCUUGCAAAAUGAAGUGAGAGUAGUAAUCCCUAUCCACACGAAGCUGGUCUGUACAAAGUCUCCUUGUUGUCCCUCGUCCUCUCACCCUAUAAGUCCUAACAAGGCAUGUAGUUGGUUUAUAGCGUGAAACUGUAUAACUGCUCCCUGUGAAUACUGAAUCAAACAACCUUUCCUUCAAAUGUCCUUUCUAUUCUCUCCUCUGCUUCACUUGGAUGGUACUAACUGAGGUAUAAAUAAUCUGUUCUUUAAUUUGUAAAUAAUACUGUUGUACAGAAAUUGGUUUUAAAGUUAAAAGAUUAAUAACUUGUACAGUAAUACUUUAUGAUUUUAACAGAUUUUUUAUAUAUAUAAAAGGGGUUCAGGUGUUUCCCUGGAAAAUAAUGGGAACGUAUUGAUAUAUGUUUUAAGAAUAUGUAGUAUAUGAAAUGAGAUAUGUUUGCAAAGUUGACUCUAUAGUCUGUGUAAGCUGACUGGGGUGGUACAGAUGGCUGUGUGUAACAUACUGUCAGCUGUGUGUCGACCCAUGCAAAAAUACAUGCAUAUAUCACGAUUGUGAGGCUGUACCUGAUCAGGUGUAUUGGCUUUAGGCAUGAUACAUUGUGUAUUUUCAAGCAUACAAGAUAUUGCAUGUUUGCAUGAACAAGUGGAAAAGUCAUGACCUUAAUUAUCAUGAAAGAACAAAGAGAAAACAAUCCUUCAGUACUUAAUAACUUGCUUUGGAUAAUAGGGUUGACAUCGGGAAUUACAUGAUAUUUAUGUAACAUAAGCACUUAACUGUCAUCUUUGUGCUUUUGUAAAAAAAAAAAGUGCACAAGGGAACAAGCGUUGAUCAAUAUUGGCUCUUGAAUACAUAUACAUGACAAUCUGCAUGUUAAUAUCAAUGCAUCAAUGAGAUGUGUAAUUCGUAAAGGAAAUGUUGGACAUUUUUUUAUAUUUCCCCCCCCCCCCCCUUUUUUUUUUUUU